CUUGCCUAUCUGGAACCUCAUCUUCCUUGAACCCGUACAUCUAAUGCUGCGAUUCUCAUUCAGGCGGUAGGCAGGCCACUGCUUGACAACUAGACAUCUCAACCUCCUUCUCUCGCUUCCUUUUCCACCACAGUUUGCCCAGUCCAACAAAUCCGCCCUCUUCAUCAACAACCCAAACAACCCCCGUUGAACUCCGCAAUACAUCACCGCUCCUCAACACCUUCGCCCCUAUCAAGCUAGUCAAUUAUCCAAGCUGAACCCUACCUGGCACUACAACACCACAACGCUACAACCAGAAUGUCCACCUCCGGUUCCGCCUCCGUCUCCGACUCCUCCUACAUCCUCCCUACCCCAACAUCGUCCACCGCCUCCCCGCGCUCCCGCGGUCUUAGCUACGCCAGCGUAGACUCGCUCGGCGACGAAAUCGCCUCACUCCCCUCCGAAAGCACGUCUCCAUCGGACCUCGACACGCUCUCCGAUUACUCCGAUGCCGAGGCCGAGUGGCAGGAAAGCAUCGAGCAACUGGAGCUCUUGCUCACGAUGGUGAUUGUGCCGUUUGUUGGGAAGUUUUUGGGGCGGAAGUGUGCUUAUUGGAGUUGGACGAGAUUCAUGGAGUGGAAAUACCCGAUUGAUGGAGUAGUGGAGAAGGGUUCUGGGCCGAAGGCUGGGAGCGUGAAGACUUUUGCGUCGUUGUAAACCAGUGUUUAUGGAUGGUUGAAUAUACAACAAUAUUAUCCAGUGCGUCGCUAGGUUAAGCGCCGUGCUGAAAGUUUGGAGAGCUAGAGGCCUUACGGUUGUAUAGUAUUCGGAGCGCCUGUGACCCUGUUCGGAUAGUAAUUUGCAGGCUUUGGCAUAGAAAGAGCGGCGUUGUCUUGACUUAUUGGGCAGACUCGUCUGUCGAAGUGACACCUAUACAAGCGUGCUACGCUAAUUAUACCCAAUUAAUGCACAAGUCAUUACUUAAUUGCCUUCAAUUUUUUCGGAGAGUGUAAAGC